AUCAAAGACGGCAGCAAACAUCUAAGGGUUUGCUCUACCCUCAACAAAAUCUGCAAAAUGCUUUUUUAGUAAAGCAAUGGAUGAUGACAAUGUCAAGGCUCCUUGUUUGUCACUAUUUGUGGGUAAUUUAAAUCCAGAUUACUCCAAGGAGCUGCUGAGUUACAUGCUGAAAGAUUUACUUGCUGCAAUCGACAUUGUCCUGCAAAGACAUGACAUAGAAGUCUUCAAGAAGCACAAACGAGCCCAUGCAUUUAUCCACCUGAAGACAGAGAGUGGAGUUCAAAAUAUCUUGAAACAACUUCAGGAUCCUGCCAUUUUGAAUGAAAACAAUAUGAAAGGAUUAGUAGUUAAAGGGAAAAUGUUAAAAGUUGCCAAGGAUAUCCGUGACUUUUCAGAGUACACCUUUGACAAGGACAGUUCUGCAGAUACAUCAAAACACGAAUCCCACAGUCAGCUACCAAAGGACAAGAGGAGACUGGAACAAACACAGGACACAUUAGGAAGCACCGCCGGGAAAUUUAGCUACCAGGCAAACAAAGCCAUUGACCAUUUAUCAACUCCUCUGAGUGGCACAAAAUCAGACAGCGCUAUCAUCGGUGGGGAGAUUGCUGGACAGGAACGUUUGUUUUAUGGGGCAUUGAUGGGGAGUGAAACAAGGAAUGUUGAAUUCAAGCGAGGUGGAGGAGAAUACCUGAAUGCGGCUUUGAAGAACCACGUUAGGAAAUACGUCUGUGCGUUUCUGAACAGCGAAGGGGGGAGUCUGUUUGUGGGUGUGAAUGAUGAUGGCACCGUGUGCGGAGUGGAAUGUAAUCACAAAGACGAAGAUCGGGUUAGACUUCUGAUAGAUUCAAUUUUGAAAGGGUUUAAACCGCCACUUUUCCCAAAUUCCUACUCUAUCAGCUUCCUUCCAGUCAUCAAGGAUGGGGACACCGGGAUGUUUUUGAAGGUUGUGAGGUUGACUGUGCAUCCGCCCAAGAAAAAUUGUGAUAUUUUACUGUAUGAAACUGACCAGGGAGAAGUGUACAUUCGCAGAGAUGGCAGUAUCCAAGGACCUCUAUCAGGAAGUUCCAUUCAGGAAUGGUGCAGACAGAAAUGGACAACAGAAAUAAAGAAGCUGCAGGAUACAAUCGACAGCUUAGUUAAGGAGGAGCAUCGUUUGCAGGAAGAACUUCGCCGGCAGCAGCAAUCCAUCCUGGAACUGCAGCAGCUGCAGCAAGAGCUACAAACAAUGAAUUCCGACAAGGUUGCCUUGUCCAAUCUUUGCUGCGUUAUCUAACAACAAGGGAUGUCAGGCCAGCCCAGAGGAGGACAGCCACCAAUUCUGACUGAAAAUCUUAGUAGUCACCAGGGGGAAAGGGCCAUAAAGCAAGCAGCUCCGAAAUGACACUUUAAUAAAA